AUGUUGAUGCUCCUUUUUAGCUACGUGCUGCCACUCAGCCUGGUAGCAGCGAUACCUUUCAGCCACCACACACCGUCAGGAUGCUCCAACGCACCCUCAUCUGAUCCUUUGCAGACUCUUGUGCAUUUCGCGGAUGGCACGUGGGCUGAGAACCUCUACAUUCGGGCUGACGGAUCAAUCAUCGUCUCGCUUUAUGAAGGCGGACCAGGCCAGAAUGUUCUCGUCACACCACAGGCUGAAGGACCGGCCACCGUUCAAGUUCUUCACCGAUUUCCCAACGAGAAGAUCGGGGCUCUGGGAAUCGUGGAACUCGAACCCGACGUCUUCUACUUUGCGACAGUUGAGCGAGGACGUCUUGCCACCGAUUCACCACCAGGUACAGGGCAGGUCUGGAGCUUCAACCUGAACGACUUUAGCGGAACAGAGUUGCCCGUUCGUUUGGUCUCCAAUCUGACAGACUCCAUCCUUCCCAAUGGGAUGACAACAACUCAGGGCCAGUCACCGAAAAAGCUUCUCGUAGCAGACUCGCAGCGAGGUGUUAUCUGGCGAGUCGAUCCCGAUACUGGAGCCUUUGAUAUUGCUUCAAACGACACUCUACUACACAAUCUCACAUCCACACUUGUUGGACUCGGCGUAAACGGCGUUCACACGAAAGAUGACUUCUUAUACUUCACCAACACGCAAGAAAACCUCUUUGGCCGAAUGCCCAUUUCCGACUCGGGCCUGCAGGUCGGUCCGGCUGAACUUCUAAACAAUCUGACCUUUACUGGAGUGGAUGACUUCACAGUUCUCCCAGGACCUGGAAAUGCAGCGGUAAUGGCGAGUGACCCAGAUAAUGGUACUUUCUUUGAAUCCCAAUCGUGCACCAAGCGUUUGGCAACGACGAACGGAACAACCGCCAACAAGAUCGCAUGGUCUCAGAUGAAGCCAAAUGGCGUUGUGCCGGUGUACCUUACAAGCGAGGGAGGCUUUAUGGAUGAGCAGCCGGGACCAAUCACCGUCGGUGGUACGUUGAGUGUGUUUGAGAUGGACUUGAGCCCGCUCAUCUCCAGCUGGAGUCACAAGCCAUCGUCUUGGAAAGGUUGGCCUGGCCAUGUAGGCGACUGGCAGGAGUGGAGCGGUCGAGAGCCAUUCGUCAUGUGA